AUGUUCCGUUUAGCUGCCAAGCGUGUUACCCUACAGUUCAGGAGGGCCUUGGGUCGGCGAAGUUAUGCCACUGAGCAUCAGCCCGAUCUCCAAGAGCGUAUUGGAAUGGCCAGCGAUCGGCCUUGGCAGAUGGCCGCCCUGGCAAUCACCAUUCCCGGCGUCUACUAUCUCAGGCGUGGCGCCACCCGUCACUUAGACGCCAAACACCCCGGCGAGAUUCAGAUUGGAAGCAAAAAGCUCAAGGAUACUAAGCCAGGCAAAAAAGCGGCAGAGGCUAUCUCUGACCUGAUGACCGCUACGGAGCCGCUGAGGGAUCAGGCAUCCCAGGCCAUGCAGUCGAUGACUCCUGGAAGCAGCGGUAGCAGCUCUGCCGGCGCAAACACUCCGUCGAGCGGGUCUGUCUCCUCGGCCAUGAGCUCGGCCGCUGGCACUGUGUCGGCCACCACUGAGAAGAUGGGCGAAGCAGCCAAGGAGAUGGUUGGUAUGGGAAAGAAAUAA